AAUGGUGUGUGUUCACUUUAAGAGAAGAGGCGGCGUGGAAUUCUUUGCAUGAGGAAGUGUGUAUCCGGGAGUGAGGGAAGAUGAUGGGCAAGAAAAUGGAAUGCUGAAUGUGAGACAUGAGCGAUUCAGUAAAAACAUAAUUUUGUGCAUUGCAGACAGACUUUUGGACAUCCUGGCUCCAAAACGGUGACGAAAGUCCCGAGCCCAGCUGUGGACAGCAGAUCGGGGACGGCCAGAGCGAGAUUUGGGAGAGCGGGUCCUGGUGGUCACCCAUCGCAGCGGGGUGGGGGGGGACGACCGAGCGCGGUGCAAUGUUCCAGGGGUGAGGCGAAGGCAGCGAGAGUCAGAGAGCCCGGAGAGGACGGAAGCAUGAAGCUGAAGCAGCGGGUGGUCGUGCUGUGCGCCGUGCUGCUCCUGCUGGGCCUGGCCAAGGUCUUCCUGCUGGACGGGGGCGAGGGCUCGGCCGCCAGCCGGCGCGACCUGCGCGCCUUCAGGAAGAUGGAGGCGGGGCUUCAGCUGGCCAAGGGGGCGCGGCUCACCCACACCCUCCAGUCACCCUGGGAGGUGGCGGCGCAGUGGGUGGGGCCCAGGGAGGUGUACCCGGACGACACGCCCGAAAUGGCGGCGGUGCUCACGGCCCUGGCCACCGCCCGGGUGGAGAGGGCUGACGUGGGCUACAAGGGCACGCAGCUGAAGGCCCUCUUGGUGCUGGAUGGGGGGCAGAAGGUGGUCUUCAAGCCGAAACGGUAUAGUCGAGAUUAUGUGGUGGAGGGGGAGCCGUACGCAGGCUACGACAGACACAACGCUGAGGUGGCGGCCUUUCACCUGGACAGGAUCCUUGGUUUCAGAAGAGCUCCCCUGGUGGUCGGGAGGUUUGUGAAUCUGCGCACAGAGAUCAAACCAGUGGCCACAGACCAGUUGCUGAGCACCUUCCUUAUGCAAGGGAACAACACGUGUUUCUACGGGAAGUGCUACUACUGCCGCGAAAGUGAGCCAGCGUGUGCGGAAGGCGAGGUGAUGGAGGGCUCGGUCACCCUGUGGCUCCCGGACGUGUGGCCCCUGCAGAAGCACCGGCACCCGUGGGGACGCACCUACCGAGAGGGAAAACUGGCCAGGUGGGAGUAUGACGAGAGCUACUGUGAGGCGGUCAAGAAGAUGCCCCCGUACGAUGCCGGACCCAGGCUGCUGGACGUCAUCGACACCGCCAUCUUCGACUACCUUAUAGGGAAUGCCGAUCGCCACCACUACGAGAGUUUCCAGGACGACGGAGGCGCGAGCAUGCUCAUUCUUCUGGAUAAUGCCAAAAGUUUUGGGAAUGCAGCCCUUGAUGAGAGGAGUAUUCUGGCCCCUUUGUACCAGUGUUGCAUGAUACGCGUGUCCACGUGGAACCGGCUGAACCUGCUGAGGGGCGGGGCUUUGAGUUCGGCCAUGCGCCAGGCCACGGCCCACGACCCCGCCGCCCCCGUGCUGGCUGAGCCGCACCUGGCCGCCCUGGACCGACGGCUGGUGGGCGUCGUGGCGACCGUGAACCAGUGCAUAGAGACCCAGGGCCUGGACAGCACCCUAAUCGAGGACCGCAUGAACCUGCCGCACCCCUAGAGAAGGGGGGGCACUUACAGGAGGAAGGGGG